AUUCGAGCCAUUCCUUUUCCUUCCUCUCCUCUCCAGAGUUAAAAACCGUUCCCGAAAUCGAAGAUCUAGAUCCGUUUGUUCGUUUGAUCUCUCAGAAUGAGUCAUAAGGCGCCAAGGAGAUACUCAAACGCAAGGAGUUUCGGAGUGGAGAGGCAACAAGAUUUUGCAGCAGAUAUAGUUCCCGGAAGACGCUAUGUUCCUUAUGACAAUAGAAUGAACAAAGGUCCAAAUAAGUGGUCACGGAAUCUGGUUUGGACGGCAUCAGAAGGCAACAGGCCACUGAAGAAUGAUAACACAUAUGGGUCAAUGAAAUCACCAGUUUCAGGCACUCGAUAUGGGCCAAUGAAGAAUGCUGCGUAUGGGCCAAGAAGCUCGUCUGUUUCAGACACCAGAGGCUGGAGGUCGAGAGAUAACGGCAGUCCCAAGUCUAAGGAAUGUGUGUGUAAGUAUUGGAAGGCUGGAAACUGCAAGAAGGGUGAGCAAUGCCCGUUCUUACACUCUUGGACUUGCUUCCCUGGAUCGGCCAUGCUAGCUUCUCUUGAAGGACACAAGAAGGAUCUAAAAGGGAUUGCCCUUCCUGAGGGUUCUGAUAAACUAUUUUCAGCCAGUAGCGAUGGUACAUUGCGAAUAUGGGACUGCCACACUGGUCAGUGUGUUCAUACAACCAACCUCCAGGCAGAAGCAGGGUCGUUAAUCAGUGAAGGCCCAUGGGUUUUCCUUGGCUUGCCAAAUGCUGUAAAGGCUUUCAACGUCCAAACAAGUAAAGAAUUGCAUCUUAACGGAGUGGUUGGUCAGGUCCAUGCUAUGGCUGUUACAAAUGGAAUGCUUUUUGCUGGGACAAGUUCUGGUAGCAUAUUAGUCUGGAAAGCAACUGACAACGAGUCUGAUCCUUUCACAUACCUAACAUCCCUCGAGGGACAUCAUAGUGGCCAAGUCACGUGUUUUAUUGUCGGACGAGAGCGACUAUACUCUGGCUCCGUGGACAAAACAAUAAAGGUGUGGGAUCUCAACACACUGGAAUGUACAAUGACCCUGAGGCAACAUACGGACACUGUCACGUCUCUCUUAUGUUGGGACCAGUUUCUGUUGUCUUCCUCCUUGGAUGGAACCAUAAAAGUCUGGGCUUGUUCUGAAAAUGGCAGCUUGAAAGUUACUUAUACGCGCAGACAAGCACAAAGUGUGCAUACUCUUUGUGGGAUGAACGACGCAGAGGUCAAACCGAUCAUGUUCUGCUCUUACCAAAACGGAACAGUGAGCAUCGUCGAUCUUCCAUCUUUUGAAGAACGGGGAAAGAUGUUCUCGACGCACACGAUCGGGACAAUCACAAUGGGUCCUGGCGGACUGUUAUUCAGUGGGGACAAGAGUGGGAAGCUGCGUGUUUGGAACUUAGCUGCCAACAAAGUUUAGCCGUUUUUUACAUUUUUCGACCAAAACUCUUUUGUAUCUAAAAUUUGAUUGUAUUUGUAUGUACAUAACAUUCUUGGUUCAAAUGAGUUAAGAAGAGGUUCCUUCUUUUGGAAUGACUCUAAUAAAGGAAUGAUCUCUAUCAAACUCUAUAUGUGUAUUCAAAAAGAGGUUACUGAUAAUCAAAUCACAAUUCACUCUUGUCAAAA